AUGCCGAUCGACGCCCACUCACACCCACCACACAUCGCUGUUGGUGGGUACAACCUCAUGGUUGCAGGUCAGCGCACGGGCAAGACCUCUUUCCUUCGUCUUCUUCUCGACACCAGCAACAUUUCCUGUGCAGCCACAAAAGACCAGCUUGCUUCCGUCGCCAAGUUCGUUCAGGGCUGCUCUGGCCACACCUCUCAUAUACGCCAUGCAUCCGUCAACGUCGACCUCGAACCCGACAGUUCUUCCUCCCCGCCUCAAACAAUUUCUAUGACUCUUGUAGAUACUCCCUCACUCGACUCGGCCGAUGAGUCCGCCUCGGACAUCACUCUGCAUGAAAUACUCAGGCAUGUCGACUCCCGCUACGCUGAGGGCCUCGACGAUGAGCGGAGGGCCCAGACCGGAGACAGUCACAUCCACCUGUGUAUCUACUUUCUAGACCCGGACACGAUCGUCCCCCCUUCCAUGUCCGCGCCACCGCCACCUCUUGUUAACCGCCCUCGCGCCAGCUCCUUCACCCGCUCAGAGCCCGAGCCUGUCAUCCUCGAGCCUCCUGUUCCUUCUCACCACCCCGUGCUCUCGCGGCCAACUCUCCCGCCACAGGAAGUAAACAUCAUACGCCGCCUCUCCUCCCGUGUCAAUGUCUUGCCGGUUAUUGCAUGCGCCGACACACUCACCAAUGACCGUCUGGCCGCUGUCAAAAUGGCCGUCCGCCGAGAUCUAGCCGAGGCUGGCAUCGGCUUUGGCAUUUUUGAUAUAGACACACAUGCAACCUAUCCACACCGAAAAGAUGCACAGGACUCUGCACUUCCCGCCAAAAGCGAGCACACAAAUGGGUAUGCCAUCAUCUCAAGUCGCUCUUCACCGCUGUCCCCGCCCACGUCGCCGCCAGGGAUUUCCACCCCUCCCCUACCUUAUGCGCUCGUUUCUCCCGAUCUCUUCUCCCACAGCGACGGUGUGGCGCGACCAGCACCAGCGCGGCACGAACUUGUUCAACAAUAUACUCCUUCCGCACGUCCUGUUGGGCACAAAAUCGUCCGAGGGAAGUACAUCCGCAGUUAUCGCUGGGGUUCCAUGGACGUUCUUGACCCUAGCCAUUCGGACUUUCUGCCUUUGCGCAGUGCUAUAUUCCAUCAUAUGGAGACGUUGCAGAAGUACACGCGCGAAUACCUCUUCGAAAAGUUUCGGGACGAGAUUCGACUUCAGCAUCACUCCGCUGCACCGCUUCUUCCUCAGCAGGCAGUCGUCUCUCGCGCUCAACUGCCGCUCAUUUCCCAUCCGCAUGGGCCUCCGGGGCGCCCAUUGCUGUCUAUUGAGACCGCGCCUGGCCCGCCCCUGCACGACGGCAUCAGUAGACACUCUAACGGCCAUCCCCCUCGAGAUGCGGCUGAAAUGCACAACAUUGCAUUAUCCCGUCCCAUCUCCGAGUCUGUGCCUCCACAUGCGCAGGUCAAGAACGGGUCAAUGAGAUCAACUAAAACGAGGACAAAGAAGAUCAAUGUUGCGUGUAACUUCUGUCGCUCUCGCAAGCUCAAGUGUGACGGUGGGAGGCCGGCGUGCUCGCAAUGUGUAAAGAGAUCGCAUCCAUGCGAUUACAUGCCUCAGUCGAACAAGCGACGGAACCCAAACCGGCGGAAAGGGGACGAGAGCGAAUCCGAUGGCAGCGGGGCGGAGGAGCGCUCGGACGGUGUGGAGGAACCAUCACUUUCCCCGGAGAUCCCCGCGGCCCCCCUUGCGCGGCGCCCUUCAAACGCUGACAAGCGUCCCCUGAUCGACGCUUACCCCUCUAUUUUGCCGCCGAGCUCGUCUCUUCACGGAUACCCCCGUGAACCUGCGCGCCCGGCCACGAGUGGUGGGCUCCUUGAGCGUCACGAUGGUUUGGGGCGCUCGCUGUUCAGGGAUAAUGAGCUCCCUCAUAUCGCCACCCUGAUGCCUGAUGGAGUGCCGAGCAUGAUGUCCGCUGCCACGCUGCCACCUAUUAGACCAGCUUCUGAACAGCAAGCCGCGCAAAGGAAACGAGCGAAUACCCUGCCUGGACGGGGGAGCAGGCCAAGCGCAGGGACCGGACCAAAGGUUGUUGCGUGUAAUUUCUGCCGGGCUCGCAAAACAAAAUGCGAUGGUGGGCAUCCGGCGUGCUCCAGCUGUGCACGUCGGUCGCUGCCUUGUAACUACAAUCACGAGUCUCAAAAUGGGCAGAGAAAAGGCGGGCGGCGCGGGUCGACGUCCAAGGUGCCCAACGGUGGUCUACCUGCUCCCUUGCCUAUAGGCGCAACCAACGAGGCCCGUUUGCCUCCUGGACCCAGUAGCUCUGGGCCUCGCUCCCCCUCACGAUCGCCGGUCGCAGAGAGGCGGUAUGCAGACACUAGCCGUUCUGGCAGCUCAGGUUCGAGUGCAGGCGAAGGCACCGACGUUGACCUGAAGCGGAAGUUUGACGACGAUGACCGGGCGCAGGUACCAAAGCGAUUGCGCGUAGACGAUCGCGAGUCGGCGGCGGUCGUAUUUUGA